CACGUGCAGCCGGCUUGGUCUCGGCCGCCCAUACGCUUUGGCCACCUGUGUUUUUGUUCUCCGCAAGCAUCGAAAGAAGCACCACACCCAAAGAACAGCCGACACCUGGUCUCCAGCAUCGCGCAAUGUCCCCAUUCCACCAUUAAGACACUACAAAACCACGCACUGAAUCUGACCACUCUACCUUACCCCGCGGUUCACCGAACCACCCACGAUCCGCCAUGGCUUCACGAUUCCCACGCCAACGAGAUCCCCGCUCAUCCUCCUCUCUAUUCGACUCGUACGGUGGUGGCGACUCACGACCCGCAAGCAGGUCCCCAGCUUCGGCAGGCGGAUAUGGAUAUGGAGGGUAUGCCGGGCCCGCAGCCAAUGCUUAUCCCAACGUUAACGGGAGUGCGAGUUUCCGCAGUGCGACACCGGAUAAGAAGGGCCACUACUCCGAUGCCGUGCUCUCGUCACUCGAAUCCCAGAAUGACGCCGAGGUGGAAGGUAUCACGGCGAAAGUGAAGAUGCUGAAAGAUAUGACGAUAGCUAUUGGCGACGAAAUCCGCGAUACGUCGUACCUGAACACCCUCGAGAAUUCUUUUGAGAGUACGCGAGUAAAGCUCCGUGGAAAUAUGAACCGCAUGCUGCGCAUGGCGGAGCGGACCGGCGUCGGCUGGAAAGUCUGGUUAGGCUUCUUUGCGGCCGUUUUCUUUUUGUUCUUUUAUGUGUGGGUGUUCUAGGGGACCACACAAGAGACCGCUUAUAACCAUACGCUCUUGGAGUUUUGACUCGCGAGCUAUACGCUCUAUUUAAUCUGUGGAUGGCGAGAUAGUGGAAUACGGAGUGAGAUGCCGCCACGAAGGUCCCGGCCAUGACCUUUGGCCUUUGGUCUUUUGGCAGGACAGUUUCUACAUACAAAGCUUGUCAUUCCUUGCAUGAUAUUCAUUCGGCUGCGGCGUUUGGGGGUCUUUGUCUUUGUCUUUUCUUCUCUUUCCCCAAGCUUUGUGGCUGGGGCCUGCUAUUCGCCCUUUUGAGUUCAUUAUCGAUUCUCAAGACAAGUUCAAUGUGCGUCCUUGCGCUGGAUUCACGAGAACUUCCAUCUUGAUAUGCUUGUAUAUCGAUUGGCAAGCCUGGCUGGGAAGGGACCCAGGCUGCUGGGUUUGGGGGAUGUAUCAGU